UGGUUGUGAGGCUCUUUUUGUUGGCUUUCAUAAAAAUAAGACUUUGGAAUCGAUGGUCCUUUCUUAUUGUGGCAUUGGCUUGGAAGGAAUCAACGCGAUAGCUGAAGCGUUGAGAUUAAAUCAGAGUUUACAAAAUCUUUCCCUUUACAAGAAUAGUAAUAUCGGUGCUGAUGGACAUUUAGUUUUGGCUAAAGCUUUGGAACAAAAUACAAAUUUAAAAAGGGUACAAUUAGACUACAAUUUCGAGGAUUGGGGGGCAGUCGGAAAUUUAAUACAAGGUUAUUUAACAAGAAAUAUUCUUCUUCAACAAGAAAAAUAUAAAGUAGCUUGUCGAAUUCUGAAAGCUGCUAGGAUUAUGUUAAACACUUCUGCAUACUGUACCACAACUAUCAACAAUUCUAUUCCUUUAGCAAUUUCUCGUCUUUCGCUUGACACUAAUCAAGUGCUUACUCAACAUCAAGCUAUCAUAAUUUUAAAUUGGUCGGUGAGGAAAGAUACUCUUGGAAAAAGCAUGGAAGAAUUUUUGACAAGGACUUUUGGUGCUUAUUAUCCGUUAACUAAUGAUGCAACAAAUGAGUUGGUUACUCUCGUUCCCGAAACUACUCCUGAAGAAUUAAAAACUGCCGCUGACACUGCUGCUGAGGCUUUCAAGACAUGGAGAAAAACUUCUAUUCUUUCACGGCAACGUAUCUUGUUAGAUCUUCAGCUUUUGAUCCGAGAACAUACUGACAAGCUUGCAAAAUCUAUCACUGAAGAACAAGGAAAAACCUUUGCCGACGCGAAGGGGGAUGUUUUGCGAGGGAGGCAAGUUGUUGAAACUGCUUGUGGUAUUACGAAUUUGCUUAUGGGCGAGCAAUUGGCAGUUGCUACUGACAUGGACACAUUUACAAUCCGGGAACCAUUGGGUGUUACUGCUGGAAUUUGCCCUUUUAACUUCCCUGCAAUGAUUCCAUUAUGGAUGUUUCCUUUAUCAAUUGCCGCGGGGAACACUAUGAUCAUUAAACCUUCAGAACGUGAUCCAGGUGCUGCAAUGAUUCUAGCCCAAUUGGCCAAAGAAGCUGGCGUACCAAAUGGUGUUCUCAAUAUUGUUCAUGGUUCUGUCGAUGCUGCACUGUCUACUGUUGUAUUUGUCGGUAAAGCAAAAGAAUGGUUACCAGAUAUCGUUGAACGUGCAAGUAAACUCAAAGUUUCGGGUGGAAUGGAACCUGACACAGAUCUUGGGCCUUUGAUCACACGUCAAGCUAAAGAACGCGUUGAAAAAUUAAUCCAGAGUGGUGUUGAUCAAGGUGCAGAAUUGAUAUUAGAUGGACGUAACCCAGCAGUUCCAGAAAAGUAUAAGAACGGAAACUUUGUCGUUUACGAUAUGGGUGCAUAUAUAGGACCAACUAUUUUGGCGGAUGUUAAACCUCAUAUGGAUUGUUACAAGGAGGAAAUAUUUGGUCCUGUUCUUAUUACUUUAAAUGCUGAUACUCUUGAUGAUGCUAUUAAAUUAAUCAAUGAUAAUCCUUAUGGAAAUGGCACUGCUAUUUUCACAAGUAAUGGAAGCAAUGCACGUUAUUUUACAACAUCCAUUGAAGUUGGGCAAAUUGGUGGUAUUUAUUCAUUUCUUUUCAUUUUUUCACCUUUUUAG